CAUAACAACCAGUUCAUAUAUAAGGGACGAGACACAGUGAGCUUAACCAAGCCGAAUACUUGAAUUACCAAACCAGAGAGCCAUUAUACAUAAAGUUACAAUAAGAAUGAAGGCAACACUUGUAUUCUUAGCUGCUGUUCUAGUGACUAUCCAAUGUCUCCCAAGUAAUGUGCAAGAAUCAAACAGCUUUGAAGAAUGGGAUACAAUUGAUGACAGCAAUGGACAGGAGCUUUCAGUUGAAGAGAAGAAGACUGAUGAUGUUGACAUGCUUCUUGAGAAUACCAUACUGUCAGCAGAUGUGAAGACUGAAGGUUGCUCUCUUGUACCAUUGUAUCGCUAUCAUUUGAGCUCUGGUAAUGAUCAUUUCUAUACUACCAAUCCACAUGAGAUUGGAACUACAAGACCUGGUACCUUAGGAAGAUACGGCUACAGGAGUCAAGGCACUGUCGGUAAAAUUUAUAACAGAAGAGCUGGUCCUGAUGUUGUUCCACUUUUCAGGUAUUGGAAUUCAGGAAUAAAAGAUCAUUUCUAUACAACAAACUUCAACGAGUUAGCAUGUGGAGCUCAUGGUUGGAAAUAUGAAGGCAUUCAAGGAUAUUGUUUCAAGGAUUACUUGCCUGGCAUCAAUCAUCCUUUGUACCGAUACUGGAGUGGUAACGACCAUUUCUAUACCACCAAUCCCCAUGAAAUUGGUACUACAACUCCUGGAGCCAAAGGGAAGCAUGGUUAUACAUCUGAAGGUAUAACCUGCUACGUUGCUUAAUGGGAACAUUGAAACUGGCACAAAUCAUUAGAUAGUGUGACAUAGUUAUAGUCAUUUUUUUGUAGUGUAGGAAGUUAUGUAGUGUAUUUCUGAUUAUUAUUGUGCCUUAUUUUUUAAAUGGUAGAAUUUUUUUAGAGAGCAAGAAUUAAUGUCGAAAAUAAA